AUGGCCCUGUCUGUAUGGAUCAAGUUUCGACUUGCUUUAGUUGCAACUUCUAGAGAAGUAGCUUUUGUUCAUCAAUUCUUCUCCAAUUUAGUUUUUAUUAUCAACAUUGUUACUGCAUCUAGCAAACGUAAUGAUGAAUUAAAGGAGGCUCAAGCAAUUGAAGUUGCUACUAAGAUUGCUAAUGGUGAACUUGAAACUGGAAGGGGGCUUAAUCAAAUUGGCACUUUAAAACGAGUUGGAGAUACUUUAGAUGGAGGUUCAUACUCUCAACAUGGAGAUGCAAAUUUUGCUUUGAAUCAGUUGUUAUCUUUUGAGUUUGUUUUCACUUUGCAUCUUAUGAAAGACAUUAUGGAAAUUACUCAUCUUCUUUGUAUAGCAUUGCAACGUAAAUCUCAAGAUAUUUUGAAUGCAAUGCAUCUUGGCUCAAGCACAACAAAGCUACUGAAAAAUUUUCGAGAUUCGGGAUGGGAUGAUUUCUUGGUGAAAGUUAAAUUAUUUUGUGAGCAACAUCAAAUUGAUAUCCCAUGUAUGAAUGCUCAAUAUAUUGCAAGACGUGGUAGAUCUCGAAGUCAUCAUGAUGAGAUUAGUGUGGAGCAUUAUUAUCGAGUGGAUAUAUUUCUUGCAACAAUUGUGAUAGGGUUUAAUGAUCAUACCGUGGAAUUGCUUGUUUUGAGCACUGCUUCAGAUCCUAGAAAUGGAUUUAUGCUGUUCAAGAUUGAUGAUAUUUGUAAACUUGUAGAGAAGUUCUAUCCGAAUGAUUUUAUGGAGCAAGAACUAGUACGUCUAAGAAUAGAACUUCAACAUUUUGAGCUCGAUAUUCCAAAUCAUCUUGAAUUGCAAGAAUUAUCUGGUAUUCAUGAGUUAUGUCAAGGCUUGGUGAAGACAAGAAAAUCAGUGAUAUAUCAUCUUAUUGAUCGAUUGAUUAGACUUGUUCUUACUCUUCUUGUAUCAACUGCAACUGCAGAGCGGACAUUUUCAAUUAUGAAAAUAAUCAAGACAAAGCUCCAAAACAAGAUGGAAGAUAAUUUAUUGAAUGAUUAUCUAACUGUAUAUAGAAAAGGAAGUUGCUGA